AUGGCAAAAGGCAGCUGCAUGUGUGGUGAAGUCCACUACGAGUACACCGUAACAGUAACAGCCCUCUGCCACUGCACCGACUGCCAAAAAUGGACCGGCGCCGCCUACACCUCGAACAUCGUCGUCCCCCGCAAGACCUUCAACGUCACAAAGGGCAAGCCCAAGGACUACGAUGCCGUUGGUGACUCUGGCAAAAUCAACAAGCAUUGGUUCUGCUCCACCUGUGGUUCUUCUCUGUACACCGAGCUGGAGGUUAUGCCUGACAUGACUUGUGUCAAGAGUGGAAGUUUGGAUGGCGGUGCUGCAAACCAUGAGAUCAAGGUUGAAUUUUACAACAAGGAUAGAUUGGGAUAUACCAAGCCGGUUGAGGGGGCUGACCAGAAGGAUGCGUUUUCUUGA